AUGCCCAUCGCUCGCUCCACCGGCCGAAUCCCCGACGCCGCCUGGACCUCGGGCUUGAGGGAGAUGACGGAGCCCUGGAAAGGUGCCUUGGGCUGCCUUGGCGUGGCCGUCUUCUUCACCAUGACCAUCGGCAUCAUCUCCUGGCAGGCGCUGGAGCAGUCACCAGAGGAGUGGGUGCUGCGGGGCCAGGCGGGAGGGGUGCUGUGGGAGCGCCGUCGGGGUGCCCUGCUCCUACGGGCACUGCCCGAGGGGCAGCCGGUGGCCGUGAUCACUGUGGGUGGCGUGCCCGCAGCUGAGCCACCCCCGCCACGGGACCGGUGCUGGCAGGACAGAGGCCAGUUCUGCUACGCAUGGGAGGAGGCAGCUGAGCUCCGGCUCUCCCUCGAGCCCCCGCCGGCCCCCGGCACCGAGUGCUACGGCGUCCGCUGGACCCCGCUGCGCCCCGACGUGAUGCUGAAGGAUUGCUUCUCCAUGGCCAAUAUCUCCUGGUACGGAGGGGCGAGCAUCCGUGCCCAGCGCUGGCCAUUCAACAGUGCUGACAGCCCAGCACAGCCCUUCGUCAGCGGAGAUUUUGGCAAAAACCCCACUGGAUACGGACCUGUGCUAGAAAGAUACUUCUUAGGAUCAACAGGAGUGACAGUAACGGUGGCACCCGACGUGCCCUUCGUCCUCUCACUGGAGAGCAACCGGCAUUUCUGCCUGGGUGGUGCCGGGGGCCCCCUGCACUACCUCCUCUGCAUCAGCUCCGACGUGGCCACCGCACACCGGCACGUGGGCACCCAGCUGGUGGGGCCAGCACGGGUGCUGCCGGACACGGCCCUCCUGGGGUCUCCCAUCUGGCAGUAUUAUGGCCCGGUGGGCUCAGCUGCCAAAAUUAAGCGAGGUUUGAGAUCGUUCGCCAGGAGACUGAAGCGGCACCGGCUUCAGGAGGGGGUCCUGGCCCUGGGGGAGCACAGCACUGCCACUCUUGCUGCCGCGGAAUACAUGUCCAUGGAGCAGAGGAGGAGGCGCAGUUCGGCCCGUGCCUGGGACCCCGCGCUGAUCAACCCCCUGCGGCUCUCCAUCACGCUGUCCCCCUACACCAGCAUCGCCUCCCCACUCUUCCUGCGCUCGCUGAGGGACAACGAGGCCGGCUACUGGCUGAGCCUGCAGCCCCGCUUCGGGGGCUGCUUGGUCCCGCUGCUGACCACGUGGAAGGGACGGCUCUGCGCCCGCCUGAAUGUCACCAGCGAGGCAGCGCUGAGCUGGUACCUGGCCCGCGCCCGGGCUCUGCGGCGGGCACUGGGGGCUGCGUACGUGGUCUUUGAGGGUGCAGAGGGCAAUGCCUUCCUGGAGCAAGCCAUGUCCCCUCCUGCUGAGCUGGCCGGUGACCAAUAUGCUGGGGCACUGGCAGCAGCGCUGGCCACACUGGGGAACGCCACGGUCAUCAGCGCCGGUGCCAGAUCUAGUCAUCUACCGCUCUUUGUCCAGAUGAGCCCACGGCACUCAGACUGGAGCCACGCGGGCCUGAAGGGGGUUAUCCCCUCUGCGCUGCACUACAGCCUGCUGGGCUACAACUUCUUCAUCCCCGACGCAGUGGGAGGCAGCCUGGCUGGUGAUGCCCCGGGGGACCAGGAGCUGUAUGUGAGGUGGCUGCAGAUCGUGACCUUCCUCCCCGUGAUGGCCUUCAGCACCCCGCCCUGGCUCUGCUGCGACACCUGGGUCCUGAACCUUACCCGGCAGUGCAUACAGAGGCACCGGGACUUGGUGGUGCCACUCAUCAUAAAAUACAGCGAGGAGUGGCUGCGUUUGGGGUACCCCAUCUUCCGCCCGGCGUGGUGGCUCAGCCCAACGGACCCAACCGCUUUCACCAUCGAGGAUGAAUUUCUCAUUGGAGAUGAGGUCUUGGUGGCCCCAAUAACAGAAAAAGGGCAAACGUGGCGAGAUAUCUACCUGCCCGGAGAAGGGCACCAGUGGAUGGAUACCAACACUGCCCGUGUGUUUGAUGGAGGCACCAUCCUCAGGAAUUACUCUGCCAGCCUUGAAGAGGUGCCAGUUUUUGUAAAGACUUCCUAA